AUGCUCGGAGCGUCCAAGGCGUGGGUCGCGAGCAGCGUUGUGCUCUACACCAAGUGUCUCUUGACGACGGCGAUUCAAGGCGGGAAGCGGUUCGCCGCGGGUAGCCGUCCGCCCGAGGACAAGAUCUUCAAGCAGUUCAACCCGACCAAGCAGGCGCAGACCUUUGGCGUCGACACGGCGGCGGCGACGACCGCCGCCCGCGAACAGGACAUUCGCUGGGAGCGCAUCGUGCGCAACGACCUUGAAAACAUCCCAAUCGGCCUCAUUGUCGCGUGGGGCGCCGUCCAGUCGGGCGGCGUCGAGGCGGUCACGACAUGCGCGCUCGGCACGUUUACGGCCGCUCGUGUCUACCACACGUAUGCGUAUGCGCAAGGGUUGCAGCCCCACCGCGGCAACGCAUGGAUGGUCGGCACCGCCGCUGUCCUUGUCAUGGCGCUCAACAGCCUCUAUGGUCUCGCGACUGCCACGCCGCCAACCGACAAGGCGGUCAAGUAA